AUGAAUCCAGAAUCUCUUUCUCGCCCUCUAUCGUUUUUUUUNCCGUUUAAAAUCUCGUUCGAAGAUGAAGUCAUCAAUAAUCCGAAUCUAAUGGAAUCGAAGAAGCGUAAUUUACUUCUUAAGGUUCUUGCUGAUGAUGCUAAGGACAGAGCUAUGGACCUUGUUAGGCAAGGUCAAUCUCUACGUUCUAUUUGGAUCUCGUUAAAUGCUUACUAUGGCGAUCCUAAGAAAGCUGACGAGUAUUUAUUGAAGCGUAUACGUUCAAUAGUUUUCGUGAACACUUCAUUCGAAUCAUCGAAAAUCGAAACCAUGCUUAAUGAAGUUCGACGAAUUUCUAGCGCUGCAAACAGCCUUGGUGCAGCUUACGUAUCUCGAUCGAAUUCAUUGGUUAAGGAGGUAUUGUGGCGCUGUGGUCGACAACUUCGUGAAAAACUUGCGCAUGUCGAAUCGUUCGUACAAUUGGUAUCCGAGUUAGAAAAAAUAUACAAGUCGGCAUUAUGUCUGGAUACCUUCGAACGACGUAAUUUCGUUCGACCUUCACCGGUGGCAGUUGCUUCAGCGGUGAGCUGCAUUUUUUGUAAUCGUUCUCAUGCAUCGGCAGAUUGUUCCUCAUCUAUGCCGGCAGAAGAAAAGAAAAGAAUUAUGCUCGCUAGCAGAAUGUGCUAUAAAUGUAUUUCUCCUGGGCAUCGUUCGUCUUCAUGUCCAAUGGCUUCUUCUAUUCGAUGCUCUAUCUGUCAUUUAAAUCAUCCAACUGUGCUUCAUCAAGUUCGUCUCUUCGAAAAUCAUAAUGAUCGCAAUAAUCAUCCGUCUUCCUAUCGGUCGUCGUCAUUUUCGUUACCUUCCGCACCACCAAUGUCUUCUUUGCCUUCGUCUUCUUCGUCUGUCGCACCAUCGUCUUCGUCAUCGCCGUCAUCGUCAUCGUCUUCAUCAUCGUCUUCUCGUCCUUCUACUUCUGCUGCUAUAGACUCGUUACCAUCAUCAUCUUCAACUGUGUCUUCCGUUACCGUCCUUCCGUUUUCGUCAACCAAUUCAAAUGUUUCGUCAGAAUCUUCAUCAUCUUUUGUCGCUGUUAUUCAAUCCUAUGAUGAUCGCUCAUUGGUAGCUCGUUAUGAUGGAGUAGCUCCAACUUCGACAACUUCUGAACGUCCCGCGUUUGUGGUCAAUUUAAGGGGACGUAAAUGCAUGGUUUGGAUCGACACCUGUUCUCCGUUCACAUUAAUUCGUAAAAAUCUCGUUAAUGAUUUCGAUUGUUAUCCGGCUAAGCCAAUAUGUCUUUCUGGUUUCGCUGGUGGUUCCGUCACAUGUUCGAAAGAAAAAGUUUCUGUUCAUCUUCGUUCAGAAAACAUUAAUAUCGCUAUCGAUGCUUACGUAUUACCUGUUUUACCUUAUUGUGAUUUAAUUAUCGGUACCGACAUGCUUCAUCGUAUUACUAAGAUUGGUUCGUCAAAAUCGUUGAAGUGGGAAUCGAAAUUUGGUGAUAUUUAUUAUGGUUCAGUAGCAUCUAUCAAGGAAAUCGAUAUAAACAAUGAUAGUGGUGAUGAUGAUGAAGAAGAAUUGGAUAUGGAGGUCUUCCGAUUAGCUAAUGGUCGUUUUGAAGCCAAAUUGCCUUUCCUUUCGGAUUCCCGACCUCGGAAUAAUUAUUUUAAAUCGCUAUUUUUGUUGGACAAAUUGGUCACUCGCUUACAAGCCCAAAAUUUCUAUGAUCGAUAUCGCGAAGAAUUCAUGAAAUAUGUUUCUUCGGGCCAAGCAGUUGAAGUUAAUGAUACUGAUGGUUAUUUCAUUCCUCACCAUGCUGUAAUCCGUGAAAAAUCGUCUUCGUCUCCUGUACGUAUCGUAUUUAACGCAUCCUUUGGUCAUAAUAAUUCGUUGAACCAGAUGUUGUGGAAGGGAUCUGUUUUGGGUUUGGAUGUCUUGCCACACCUUUUUAGAAUCCGUUUGUUCAAAUUUUUAUGUACUGCUGACCUUAAAAAGGCUUUUCUUCAAGUAUCCAUCCAUCCUGAUCAUCGAAAAUUUUUACGUUUGCUUUGGAAAGAAUCCGAUGGUUCUAUUAAAAAAUUCGAAAUGACCGUUCUGCCAUUUGGUGUGAUAUCGUCUCCGGCAAUUUUAACCCAAGUUGUCAAUCGUAUUAUUUCGUCUAUUUCUGAUGAUAAAAUUCGUGGAAUCCUUUCUGGAGUAUCAUACAUGGAUGAUUUAUUAUUCGGUUCAAAUGAAGAAAAGGAUCUGCGAAUUGCUAUAGUAGAAGCUAAGAAAGCUUUUUCGUCCUCAGGCUUUGAAUUGCAUAAAAUUUGUUCUAAUUUAUUGAUUCCGGAUAAGUUUUCUAAUGAAUCUAGUCUUUUGGGCGUAAUCUGGGAUACUGAAGAAGAUACUAUUGGUAUUAAAGAAUCUCUGGAUUUUUGCGAGAAUUCAAUUUUAACAAAAAGAAAAAUUCUUUCGAUAAUUGGUCGUAUUUUUGAUCCUUUAGGAUUAAUCGAUCCUUUGAAAUUUCCGUUAAGACUAUUGUUUUCUAGAAUCGUAUCUUUUGAAUGGGAUAUGCCGGUCAAUGAUGAGAUUGCUAACGAAUGGAGAUCAAUUAUUAAUCAGUUGCCCGAUCUAAAACAAUUGAAAAUUCCUCGUUACAUUUCUGAUCAAUCAAACUUAUUUUGUUUUGCAGACGCAAGUUCUGAAGGUAUCGGCUAUGUAAUUUAUCUUGGAUCUAAUUUCUUUUUUGGCAAAAGUAAAAUCGCUUCCGCUUCAAAAACUAUUGUUGAUAAUGAAUUAUUGGCCUUAUUCGAAUUGGUUAAAAUGGUAGAACGAAUUCGGAAAAUUUUAAAUCAAUUUCAAGUUUUCCCGGAGAUUCAUAUCUAUUCAGAUUCCAAAAUUAAUCUUGAUCGCCUAACCAAUUCUCCCAACAAAUUCAAAUCUCACAUCGGAAGAAAAAUUAUUCGUAUCCAAAAGUUUGUUUUCGAUACUUCUGCUGUUGUGCAUAGAAUAUCCGGGUCCUCGAAUCCAGCAGAUAUAUUCAGUCGUUCUAUCUCUGCAUCAAGAUAUAUUCGCGCCAAACCUUGGUUUUUAGAAGUAUCGGAUUUGCCAACUGAUUCUGUUCCUGUUGUUUCGGUUUGCGCGAUUAAAGAAGAAAAAGUUGAUACUGAUUUCGUUUCAUUUCUUAGCCGUUUUGCAUCUAUCGGAAAAAUGAUUCGUUGGAUAGAAAGAAUUCGUCGGUGGGCGCCGAAAAGUGUUCAAGAUCGUAUGAUUGAAAAUUUAUUUCUUUUAAUACGUUGUUUCCAAAAGGUAUCGAAAUUUUCUUCAUCGCAUGACCACUUUACAGAUCAUCGUGGUCUUGUCGUUUAUAAGAUGCGAGAUGGAAUUAAUUCCGUUUGGAUACCGUCUAAUUCGGCACUAGCUGAAAUAUUGUUAAUGGAAGCUCAUCGAGCAUCUAAGCACAAUGGUUUGAAAUUGUCAUUAUCGCAAAUUCCUAUUGAAUUAGUUAUCGGAAACGCGAAUCGGUCUAUGGCACGUUUAAUUCAUCGAUGUCCUAUUUGUCGUGCCCGUCGCGCUAAUUCUUAUUCCGUUCCAUUUGGUCCUUCUUAUCAUGAAGUCGAUGUUUAUUCUGGACCAUUUUCUCGUAUUGCAAUUGAUGGGUUUGGACCCUAUUCCUUAAAAAAUGGCAAAAAAUAUUAUGGUUUGAUUGUAGCCUGUUUGUCAACUCGUUGUCUUCGUAUUGGUAUUUUGGAAGAUUUGUCGCCUUUGUCAGCUGCUCGUGCUUUGAAUUCUAUCUUCCACGAAGUUGGUUACCCAAAAUUUAUUUUAUCUGAUAAUGGAACCAACUUCAAGCCUAUUAAGUUAGCUUUGGAAAAAGCUAAGAUGAAUGUUGUCUGGUGGACUUCUGCUCCGUAUGCACCAUGGCAAAAUGGCACGGCUGAAAGAUUCGUCCGAAUGGUUAAAUCAUGUAUGUCAGUCUACAACAAAAAUUGCCGAUCAUUAUACGAUGUUGUUCUUCGUUUUCGAGAAGUUGAAUCUAUUGUAAACGCUCGUCCAAUUAUUGUUAUCGAACGACCUAUUUCUGCUCAUGAAUUUUGUUUCAAUAGGCCAUUACAUUUUAUUAACGAAAUCAAUUCGGAUUUAAAACCAGUUGAUUUAAAUCGUCUAUACCGUUUUAAUGCGGAUCUGAAACAUCGUUUCAUCAAAAUUUUAAAGCUACGGUAUUACAACUUGUAUCGGUUUCGUCCAAUGGUAAAACGUGAAGAAGUUAAAGUUGGCGAUUUUGUUCUUUUAUCGGAUAGAAAAGACAAAAACGAAGUUUGGCCUUCUGGACAAAUAACAGAAUUACUUUAUGGUCGCGAUGGUCAUCCGAGAUCAGCUAUCGUUUCUUUCCGUGGAAAUCUACUUCGUCGUCCUCUUACUGGUUUAAUUCCAAUCUGUGGCGGGAAAAAUUGUUGAAUUACGGUCUUUUUUUUUAGUUCGAAUUCGAACUUGCCAUUUUUUCGAACUUUCUUUGUUUCCUUUUUUUUUAAUAUAUAAACU